GCUCGAGCUGCGAACCGUUUACGGCAGAGACUUCGCCCGGAGGAUCCAAAGGACCUUGACUUGGAAAUAAUGGAAGACUGCAUUCCACAAGGGUUCUUCCAGGCAGAAGUUUACGUCAAGGAAAGAAGACAUCUCAUCUUCGCUACAGACAAACAACUUACGACCCUCGCAAAAGCCAAGUCUUGGUAUCUUGAUGGUACUUUCAAACUUGUGCGCAAACCUUUCCAGCAGCUGGUAACGAUUAAUGCCUUCGUUCGCUCUGGCGAUCACACAAAACAAGUACCACUGGUGUUCGUCCUCAUGUCCAGGAAGAGUACGAAAGACUACAAAAAAGUA